AUGAAAAUCCACAAUUAAUUUCAUUUCUCAAUUCUCCUCUCCAAACCUCUCUUCCGAUUCGAUUCUCUGUAGAUAAACAAACCCCCGCCAUUAAAAUGGCUAUGAAGAAGAAAAACCGGCCUUCAUUCUUCGCGGUUUUGGUCCAGGACUACAUCAACAAGCUCGUAACUCAUUCUAUUUUUUCACACACCCACCACCAAAUUAUAUUAAUUUUGUCAAAAACAAAAAAAAAAAAAAAAAAACUUUUUUCGCAAGUUCCGCCUGCUUUUGUGCGAAAAUGUGGCCUGAAAAUGCAAAGUUGAGAACCAGCUGUGGAGAAAUUUGGGAUGUGAAAAUCGAGGAAUUCAACGAGUACAAAUACUUCACUGUGGGCUGGCGUAAGUUUGUCAUAGAUGCAGAACUCAGGAGAGAUGAAUUUUUGGUGUUCUGGUUUAAUAUUAAUUCUUCCAUAUUUGAUGUUUCGAUUUUUGGAAUUGGGGGUUUGGAGAGGGGCAUUUCUGUCCAGAAUAAUAUCUCCAUUACAGAGGAUGAACUGGAUGAUGAUGAUGAUGAUGAUGCCCUAGCUCCAGCUGGAAACGGUCCGCGGUUCGAUUUGCUUCUCAAGAAACAUCACACUUCAAGGCUGGUCAUUAAAUUUUUGAACGAAGCCGAUCGAUGAUCUCCUGGCUUACUGGGGAAAAACGCCGUGAUUCUGGAAUAUCCUCCGGACAAGCGUCGUUGGACGGUUACACUGCACCGCUACACGAAUGUUAAAAAGUUUAGGAUCGACAUGUCGAGGGGGUGGGGUAGAUUCAGACGAGCAAAUGGUCUCGUCUGCGGGAAAACUUACUCGUUUCAGUACAUUAAGGAUAGGAAUGUCGUCGAGGUUAAGCCAUUCCGUUAAAUGAAACGAAGCUCGUGUAUCGUGUUGCGUCCGGUUUGUUUUCUCAUGGUGCUGGUACUUAUGGUGCUUUCUCUAUCUGGUUUACUGAUCCCAUUAUGGAUCAUUAGAGUUACUAAAAUCGAGAACGAAGUAAAAGUUACCGCCAAAAAAACGAAUCAGGAAUUAAUUUCCGGUAUUCGAAAAACCGCCACGUUGUUUUCUCCUAUUAAUGCAUCAGCCAUCAACUUAGUUCGAGUAUUAACCUCGUCUCUCGAGGAGCACGAUUUCCAAUUUUCCAAAAUUGAGUCGAAGGUUGCUUCGACGCUGUUUCAAGCGUUAUCCACAGUACCGUAUCUAUCGCAGAUUUCUUACAUUGGAUUAGACGGCCUAUUCUUCGCUUACUAUACUCAAGAAAAUCAAAUUUACGCAAUGUACUCAAAUUCGACAUUUUCCGAUGCGAAGAACUACUCUUGGUACAUCCAAUCGGUGAAUCGUGACAGUGGAAAACUAUACGGUGAAGCAAUUAAGUCACCUCCGUUUGAUGUAGUAAACUCGACCUAUUUUCAAGAAGCGUCGAGUAAUAAAAACGGAUACGCCUCGGUCGGUACUUCAUGGGGAGAUACUCAGAAUAUUCUUCUGCUUAGUACCGUAAGUAUAUACGGAAAAGGGGUCGUUUCUUUAGGAUAUCCAAUGCAAUCACUAAUCGAUUUCUUGAUUAAUGAGAUAAGAUUUUACGAUGGGAGCUUUUAUUUGGCUUCUAAAAGGGAUGGGAGUGUUCUAGCUCAAGGGAUUCCAAACACUCGUAUGAUCUUAGCUGGCGAUCGAGUGGCGUUUCAGUUAUUAAGCGAAGAUGAUUAUGGAGUUAGUGAAGUUGGAAAUCUCACGUGCCAAUCAAAUGAUGACAGCACAUCAAGAAACUAUGUAGUGAGCUUUUCGGGUAAAGAGUAUGUGAUUAAUUGUUCACCACUCGACAUCGCCGGACUCCCUUUGGUAUAUGCAUUGGCUAUGCCACACGAGGGACUUUCGAGCUUAGUACACAAGAACAUAAAAUUGGCAUUCGUUAUGUUAAUGCUAAUGAUUGGCGUUGUGGUUAUUACGAUAUUAACGUUCGUGUAUCUAAUUGUCGAAGCUGCGAGAAGAGAGAUGCAUCUAUGUGGGGCCCUCAUAAGUCAAAUGGAAGCAACUCAACAAUCGGAGCGAAAGAGCAUGAACAAGAGCUUAGCUUUCGCAAGUGCAAGCCAUGAUAUACGUGCUUCUUUAGCAGGGAUAAACGGUCUGAUAGAAAUAUGCCGGAACGAGGUUUCGAAGCGCGACCCACUGAGAUCGGAAAUACCCGCGAAUCUACUGCAAAUGGAAUCUUGCACUAGGGAUCUUUUGGGAAUCUUGAACUCGAUUCUCGAUACGAGUAAGAUAGAGGCUGGAAAAAUGCAGCUUGAUGAGGAAGAGUUCGACUUGGAGAAACUGAUGGAAGAUGUGGUUGAUUUGUACCACCCUGUGGGUACGAAGAAGGGCGUAGACGUAAUUUUGGACCCGUUUGACGGCUCGGUCACGAAAUCUUCUCGUGUGAGAGGUGAUAGAGGGAAGCUGAAACAGAUUUUGAGCAACUUGUUGAGCAAUGCUGUGAAGUUUACGUCGAACGGGCAUGUGGUGGUUCGAGUUUGGGCUAAAAAACCGAGUCUUGAGAGCGGGAUUAUUUCUUCGAACCGAAGCAACUCGAUGAGCUGUCUUUUGUGCUUGUUCAAGAUCCAAAGAGCGUAUAGUGAAUCGGAAGCUACUCAAAGGGAAACAAAUAACCGCACGGAGUUUGUUUUUGAGGUGAACGAUACGGGAAAAGGGAUUCCGAAAGAGAAGAAAAAAUCGGUUUUUGAAAACUACGUACAAGUCAAAGAAACUGCACUCGGUCAAGAAGGCACCGGUUUGGGGCUAGGCAUCGUUCAAUCUCUGGUUCGUUUAAUGGGCGGGGAGAUAGGAAUAGUGGAUAAAGAAGCGGGCGAGAGAGGGACUUGCUUCCGGUUCAACGCAUUUUUCGAGACGGAUAGUAAUUCUUCUCCAAGUGCUGAUAUCGAGUCUAUUGGUCAUGACUCGUUUCGCCACUCGGGUACUAGUUUACGUACCCACAGCCCGAAAAAUGACGGCUCACAAGUCCUGCUCUUGAUUGAUAGUCCCGAAAGAAGCACUCUCUUGCAAGAUUUCAUGCACAGAAUCGGGAUUAAAGUACACGUUGUGAAGCAGUACGAACAACUCUCUCCGUCUCUGAAGAGGAUCAAGCGGAAGCUGAAUUUAUCCAACUACAGCUCUUCGGGAAAAUCCACUACUUCUAGUGCACGUUCGGAAAAGGAGUUCCCCUUGAGUGCUCUAGAAGGAACGGACGACGUUUUACCUAAUCCUCGGCCCGGGUUUUCGGGCUUUGUUUUGAUUGUGAUCGACACGAGUGUGGGCCCGUUUAGGGAGAUAAGUAGGGCUGUGGCUGAAUUUAGAAGGGACUUGAGUGAAAACUGUUGCAGUAGAGUUGUUUGGCUUGAUAGUUUACAAGGGCUUGAUGAGGAUAAUCUGCCACCGUUGGAUUUAGUCAUUUCGAAGCCGUUUCACGGGUCCCGCUUAUAUCGGACUAUUGGGCUUUUACCUGAAUUUGGGGGGCUGCCGCCCCCAAGAAGGGGAGAAGCUUCACACAGUGUUGAAAACGUUCGACGCGGAAAUGAUGUUGCUAGUUCGGAUGGGGGGGCAAGUAAGAGUUCUGUGAAGGGAUCAAAGUGUGAGAUUGAGGAAGUUGGAGGAGCAAACAGCAAAAAGAAGCCGUUAAUGGGGAGGAAAAUACUCGUGGCGGACGAUGAUCCGAUCGGUCGAAAGAUUGCUACUUUUGUGGGUGUGCAGCUUGGUGCAAGUAUAUUUCCAUGUGAAAACGGAGAAGAAGCUUGGAAACUAGUCUGCAAGAGUCUAGACGAAGGGAAGCAUGUUGGAGCUUCGAAGAGUUCACUCCCUUUCGAUUGUAUACUAAUGGACUGUGAGAUGCCGAUGAUGAAUGGAGUCGAAGCAACAGCAAAAAUCAGAAAAGCAGAGGAAAGUUACGGUGUUCGUAUACCAAUCAUCGCACUAACUGCACACAAGAAGGGGCAAGAGAUCGAUAAUAUGAUUCAGGCUGGAGUCGAUGGUUACUUAACCAAACCACUCAACAAGGAUGUUUUCUUGAAAACUAUUUCUGAAAUUAUUUGCAAUGUAUGACAUUUUGUAAACAUGUUUUCUUUUGUACUCGUAUCCAAUAGAAGCUUUUUUUUUUUUUUUUUUUUU